AGAGUGUUCCUCACCGGCCUCACCGCUGAUUGCCUUGGAAGACGCCAAGGGGCACAAGAUGUGCUGUGCUGACCGCACUUGAAGCUUGAAGUCCCACAUCCUGUGUUCGCUUACUUUCCGAAUAGUAUAUAAAUUCCUCUCUGUUCAAGGGAGCUCCACAUCACUCUCAACCUAACCUCUACUUCAAGUUUCGCGAAUUAUCUCAUGGACAACUACAGUGUCGCAGACAACACUACCGUUGUUGGUGGCUCCUCUGUCGCCAACCGUAAAGAUCUCAAGGACCGGAACGGGUCUGACGGGUCUGAUUUCCCUACCAAACCUUCACCUUAUGGCCAGCAUCUCAAGGAUGCGAAACCUCGCGGUAACGACUUCUCUAAAGUAGACGAGCUUGUGGAAAGGCCUUUCUUUGUGCCUAUUGGCAAAGAUGGCUUGACGGCAGCCCUUCAGAAGCUCGACAUCCAGCUCCAGAACUCUGGAAGAAAUAGAAUUCUCUCAAAGAAGUCGCCUACAGACUGGAUAGGUAGUGAAGUUAGCCCCGGAUCUUUAGGACUCGUGAACCACGGCGGCCUGCCAAAGGUGCUCGUUCGCCCAGGCCGAUACCCGGGUUUCCCGCUGCGCAACUGGUGGGCACGUACCUGGUGUGGUACCAAAGGGCUGUCAGACACGUCAAUUGAAUUUCAAGGGUUGACUGUUGUACAAGUCUCCCAGAACCAGGCUGCAGUCGUUUCGGAUCCGCAGAAUCAAAUUUUUGUCGUUAAGAACUCGGGGUUUGUUGCUUAUGCCAUUGAAGGAACAUACGACGUCUUGGCCAUCGUAGAUCAAACACAUCUUUCAAAUGUUAUGAAGGACAGCGUCACUGGAGCCACUCUUGGCUGGACACAUGAGGUCACAAUGAAGAGUCGUGUCGGUGGCCAACAACAAGACUAUGUCGUUGCUCUCUUCUUGAAUAUACCGGCGAAUAACUGUGCCAUCCUUCAGCGCGGUGAUGACCUCGAGCUCCUUCCAGCAGGUCAACACUGUAUGACGAACCCAAAUGUCACUUUGCGUGGAAUGUACACGCUUGGUGAAAACCAGCUUGAGAUGCCGACAAAAGACAUUCUCACUCGUGAUCAAGUCCCCGUUGGGCUAAGAAUCUACCUUAAAUGGCAGCUUGUCGAGCCCUUGAAGCUUACGACGCAUGGAUACGCCACACCUUAUGAAGCGCUCCGGGACAAGACACAGUCGAUUCUAACUCAAAUCGUCGCUCAUCUUGACUAUAGCUCUAUGGUCAAGCAGCGAUCGUUGGGGCCUGACAACAUGGACGAUGGGACAGAUCCUUCGUCUGCGUUCUUGGAUGCUCUCCGUACACGUGCUAUGGACGAGAUGCAUGAAGCCGCAUUGGAAUAUGGCAUUGUACUCAAAGAUCUGGCCGUUAUUGAUAGACAGUUCAAGGGUGAAAUCGCGGCCACCAUGGACAAGCUUACCACCAGAGCCCUACAAGCUCAAGUCGAAGCCGCGAACGUGGACAGGGAGAAUAGCAACAAGGUCAAGCAAGAAGAAGGCGCACUAGCUGUUGCUCGCAUCAAAGCGCAGACUCGCAAUACACAAGCAGAUUCCGAAGCAUACAGUGUCAUCGCAGCCGCCAAGGCGAAAGCAGAGCGGACCAAGAUUGAGGCGGAAGCGGAAGCGGAAGCCAUUCGCCUCACUGCCGAAGCAGAGGCUGAAGCCUCCCGUACCAAGGCGAAUGCGGAUGCCAGUAUUACAGACCAGUUCGCUCGCGAGAUGGGUUUGCGCAGAGUGGAGGUUUCUCGUGUGGAGGCGUAUGGGGACAAGACAGUGUUCGCCCCGGCAGAGGGACCUGCUGGUCAAAUGAGCAGCGCACUUGCGAUGGGCAUGGCUGCGCGUAUGGGAUCUGAUGCCGCCACCAAGCAAUAACUGUGAUUGAAAUCUUUGAGACUUGUGUUUGAAGGUGUCUAAUUAGCGUUGCAAAUUUCGUCCUUUAUUUAUGCAACCCCGCCGAGUUUAAGUGGGCAGUUGAACCGUGCAGCAUUGCAUGUACUAAUUAGGAGUAACUUAUCGAAGUCUAGUUAUGUCAGUGUCUCAGAAUACAGUUUUCCG